UGCAGCCGUCGGGCAGGAUGCGACCAGCCCCGGCCGCCCGGCCGCUGCCCGCUCAGUGUCGCACACCACUCGGGCCGUGACGGCUGAGCUCUGACCCCACAGCCCUGCACUGCAGACGGAGCUGAGAGCUUGGCCUGCGCCUCUCAUCCCCUUCUGCUUGCUGGCCAUGGGCAGCCAUGAGAAGGACCCGUGCUCUCCAAAAAGAGCCCUGUCACGCUCCAACAGCACUGUGUCUUCCAAGCACAGCAGCAUUCAGCAGCAGGGCUCAGAGAGCUGGGAAGUGGUGGAGGAGCUGCUCACACAGGGCAGCCCAGGCCAGGAGCCGCAGCGACACGAAGGGUACCUGCUCAAGAAGAGAAAAUGGCCCCUGAAGGGCUGGCACAAGAGGUACUUUGUGUUGGAAAACGGCAUCCUGAAAUAUGCCACCACGCGCCAGGAUGUCCUCAAGGGCAAAGUGCAUGGUGCCAUUGAUGUCCGUCAGUCUGUCAUGUCUGUCAACAAGAAGGCGCAGCGGGUUGACCUGGACACAGAGGAGAACAUCUACCACCUCAAGAUCAAGUCCCCAGAGCUCUUUGCCAGCUGGGUGAGCAGCCUCUGCUCCCAUCACCAGGGUGAUGGUGCAGGUCCCACAGGGAAGUCCCCCACCGAUGUGCAGGGCCCAUGGACGAGGAUCCUGCCCUCUGGCAGUGCCCCUGCCCUCUCCACCCUCGCCAGCUCCCAGGACAAGGUGAAUGCGUGGCUGAAGGACAGCGAGGGGCUGGAGCGCUGCUCGGCUGAGCUGUUGGAGUGCCAAGCAAAGCUGCAGGAGCUGACUGGCAUGUUGCAGAGCCUGGAGGCCCUGCACCGCAUCCCCUCAGCCCCCCUCAUCUCCAGCAGCCAGCCCUCAGCUGCCACAGAGAGGCCCAAGAAGGGCAGAAGGAGCACCAGAAUCUGGUGCACCCAGAGCUUUGCCAAGGACGACACCAUUGGCAGGGUGAGGGUGGGCCGCCUGCAUGGCUCUGUCCCCAACCUCUCACGCUACCUGGAGCCAUCCCAGAGCCAGCUGUCCUUCAGCCUCCCUCCUGAGUACAGCCAGUUGCAGAGGAGCUUCUGGGUCCUGGCCCAGAAAGUGCACAGCUCACUCAGCAGCAUCGUGGCCGUGCUGAUGGCUGAGAGGGCCCGUCUGGAGGAGAUGCGGCAGGCGCUGGACCGGCAGCGCUCAGCCCCACGCCUGGAUGCUGCUGGCAGUGCCAGGGCUGCCCUGCGCCGCUUCCACUCCCUCUCCGUGUCCUCUGACACCACCCUGGACUCCUUUGCCUCCCUGCACCCCGACGAGCCGGAUGCGCUGCCGGCCAAGGGGCGUGAGCAGCAGCUCUCUAACCGCAGCAUCGUCUCGCUGGCCGACUCGCACACCGAGUUUUUCGACGCCUGCGAAGUUUUCCUCUCAGCCAGCUCCUCCGAGAAUGAGCCGCCGACGCUCCCCUGUCCCCAGCCCUCGGAUGAUGAGUCUUGCAUCAGCGAGGCCACCACCAGCGCCUGCGAGGACGCGACCGAGCCGGGGGGGUCGGGCCGGCCCCCGACAGGAGCAGAGGGCUCGGGGGUGCCCGUGGAGCCGCUGCCGUUGGAGCUGCCGGGGCCGGACCCCAGGCGAAGAAGUCGCCUCCCCGCCCCCCCAGCGCCGUCCGGGGACGUGAGCCUGUGGGGGCUGCUGCGGAGCAGCGUGGGGAAGGAUCUGUCACGCGUGGCUCUGCCUGUGCAGCUGAACGAGCCGCUCAACACGCUCCAGCGUCUGUGCGAAGAGCUGGAGUACAGCGCGCUGCUGGACCGCGCCAGCCGCGCCCGCGACCCCCGGCAGCGCCUGGUCUAUAUGGCUGCCUUUGCCGUGUCUGCCUAUGCCUCCACCUACUACCGGGCGGGCAGCAAACCUUUCAACCCGGUGCUGGGCGAGACCUACGAGUGUGUGCGGCCUGACCGUGGCUUCCGCUUCAUCAGUGAGCAGGUCUGCCACCACCCCCCCAUCUCCGCUUGCCAUGCCGAGUCCGACAACUUCAUCUUCUGGCAAGACAUGAGGUGGAAAAACAAAUUCUGGGGCAAGUCACUGGAGAUCGUCCCCAUGGGCACCGUCAAUGUCCAGCUGCCCAGGACCGGGGACCACUUUGAGUGGAACAAGGUGACAACUUGCAUCCACAACGUCCUCAGCGGGCCCCGCUGGAUCGAGCACUACGGCGAGGUGCUGAUCCGCAACACCCGCGACCCCUCCUACCACUGCAAGAUCACCUUUUGCAAGGCUCGGUACUGGGGCGCGGGGGCCAACGAGGUGCAGGGGGUCGUGCUGAGCCGCAGCGGGAAGGUGGUGGAGCGUUUGGCGGGGAAGUGGCACGAAGGGCUGCACCGCGGCCCGGCUCCGGGACAGUGCAUCUGGAGAGCCAGCCCUAUGCCCCACGACCAUGAGAGGAACUACGGCUUCACCCAGUUUGCCCUGGAGCUGAACGAGCUGACACCUGAGCUGCGGCGGGUGCUGCCCCCCACUGACACCCGCCUGCGACCUGACCAGCGGUACCUGGAGGAAGGGAAUGUGCCAGCAGCUGAGACGCAGAAGCGCCAGAUUGAGCAGCUGCAACGGGACCGGCGCCGGGUGAUGGAGGAGAACAACAUCACCCACCAGGCUCGCUUCUUCAGGCGGAUGACGGAUGCCAAUGGGAAGGAGUCGUGGGUCACCAACAACACCUACUGGAAGCUGCGCUUGGACCCCGGCUUCGCCCACCUGGACAGUGCAGUGCUGUGGUAGUGACCACGCCGCGGGAUGCUGAGUCCCCCCAGCUCAUCACAGCAGUGGCAUAGAGCAGUGGGGCUGGUCCCCCCAGCGCUGGGGGUGAAGUGCUCCCCCCGCCCACGCUCAUUCUAGCAGCUGAUUUGCUGCUAUUUAAGCAAAACUGUGAUAUCAAAGUGGGGGGAAUGAUGACAGCACAGGUGGUGCCUCCCACCCCAACCCAGGGCAGAGCCUUGGGUCAGCUAGGGCACCCAAGGGCAGGGGCUGGCAGUACCCCUCUGCCCUGAAGGCAUGGGAUACCUGGGUCCCUGGCUUGCUGGUUGGGGGGCACGGGGGGUUGUGGGGUGCCUGCAGGCAGGCAGACCCCUCUGCCCCUCUCAUCUGUGCCCAAGGGCUGCUCUAAUAAAG